CAAUAUUGGUGCAGCCUCACAACAAAAGUUCAUUUUGGGUCAGUUUGUUUAUCAAUUUUGGUCUCUGGCCUACUUUCCAAUGCUACAAAACGCACGAUAUUUACCAAAGAACAGAGAGAGCACGGUCUGGUUGCGUGUUGAGGGCAGACCGGACGGCCCCCCGGCCAGCAGGCGGCUCAGUCUGCGGGGGUUUGGCAGCAGCGGCUCCUGGACAGGUUGGUAGACUCCGUCCCGGUAAUGCGCGGGCACGAGGCGCAUAAGGUGAGAACCUGCGCGAGCACAAACACAGUGAAGUGCCCAGGUGUGUUGGCAGUCUGUGAGCUACUGCUGCUGCAUACUUUGGCAACUUUGUACUGUAGCUUACCGACAGCUCCGCGUCUGGGAUAUCCCAAACUGUUGUACCAGCCGUCAAAGCGACGAACCUCCCAGGUUAUUUCACAGCGUGAAUCUGUUCAAGACAUGUCAAGUUUAAACAUCUUUUUCUAGGUUAACUGAGUUGCGUUAAGAGACUCUGAAAAUGAAUUACAACUCUACUUACGUUCACUGACGAUGAGCACCAAGCCAACCGCUGCGCAAAUACUCCAAACCCACUUACGCAAAUCCAUUGAUGCGAGAGAUGCUCCUCAGCUCAGUCUGCAGCCAAGAAGAAUGAAGGACUCCUGAAAAGUGAAGAAGCGUUCCAGUCAGUGCAUCCUCCUCCUCAGUAACACAAAGGGGACCGGCACUAUAAAAGAAGUGUAUGUUCCCUCAACAUUCACACUUCACUCUCUUCUUCUUCUUCUUCUUCUUUGGUCCUCUUCUUUCAACUUUUGGGUUCAGCUAAGGAGCUAAGAUGACUUUCUACGAUGACAUUUACCCAUUCUACCCUUUACAAAGGACCUCCUUCAUCUUCAGUGGCUGCUUGCUCACCAUUAUUCUGGUCUUCCUUGUGCUAGCAGUCAGUCUUCUUCUCAUUCUGCCAGGGAUACGAGGGAAGUCGAGGCUGUUCUGGAUGAUUAGAAUAAUUAUCAGCUUGUUCAUAGGCGUGGUCAUAGUGGCGCUCAACUUCACCAAUGACUGGGCUGAGGCCAGAAUUACCACUAAUGCCACAUACAAGUCUUUCAGCAACGCAGUGGUUAACGCUGACAUCGGCUUGCAUGUUGGACUGUACGGCAUUAAUGUGACACUAAAGGGGAAUCCUGUUGUACAGUUCAAUGAGACCAUUGACUACAACGAGAUGUUCAACUUGCAUGACACUAUUGAAGAAGAGUAUGAGGAAGCUCUGGAGAAAGGUUUACCCAACCCCAUCCUGUACAUCGCUGAGAAAUUCACCCGGAGCAGCCCAUGUGGACUCAUCUUUCAGUACAGAUACUCUGGACGAUACGCCUCUGCAACCCUCUGGACGGCGUUUUGCUGCUGGAUGCUCACCAAUAUCCUCUUCUCCAUGCCAGUCAUUCUGUACGCCGGGUACAUGAUGAUGGCCACCGCUGCCUUCAUCUUCUUCUCCAUGGCCUCCUUCUCCACCAUCAUGAAUGUGCCACAGUGCGUUUUCUCCAUAGGGACCGACUCCUUUGAAACAGAGUACAGCCAUUCAUUCUGGCUGGCUCUAGCUACAGGUGUGUUGUGCACCCUCAUUGGGAUUCUGGUGGUGAUGUUGAACUUUCUUAUACCAGAGAAGAUGAAAGAGGCUUUCAGUGUUGGCGUCGACAGUUAUGAAGAUGAGGAUGUUUCUUAUGGGCAGGGCUACCUGAAUUCAGUUUUUCUUGAUGGCGUGACAAUUUUACCAUUGACAUCAAAAGGCACAGCGGAACAUAUAUGAAGCCAUCCUGGUUUCCCUCAGGGACCUUUUAAAAGCCAAUACUUGAAGAUAUUUUUGCUGAAUGUGUUACAGAUGGAGUGUCUAAUUUCACACCUGUUUCAUUAUCUAUGCGAGCCUGAUAAGUGUUAUGUGUUAUUAACAAUUUAACUGUACAUAGUUGUAUUUGUAAAGUUCUUUCCAUGUUGCAUUAGUUGUAAGUACAAUAUAUAAAGUUGUAUGGGAUCCAUACACUGUGUUUAUACACGGAUCAAUAAGGAUUAUAGGUCUCUCAUUGUUCAACUCUUUUUGUUGUUUUUGCUUUUUUCAAUGCCAAAUGAGACAAAAUAGUAAUAGUGUGAUAUUGAUUACUCUUGAUAGCCUCUUUGGGAUUUCUUGCAAUACAUGCACAUGGCAACAAAGUGUGGAUUAAUGUGCGCAUAGUUCCUGAGCAGCCUCGUCCUUUAUUCACAGCUUCUGAGAUUAAAAUAAAUGUGAAAACACGAAA